CAUGCAUGACACAACGCAAAGGCGAGAAACCCACCAUCAGCAUCCAGGAGCACAUGGCCAUUGACGUGUGUCCCGGACCCAUCCAGCCCAUCAAGCAGAUCUCAGACUACUUCCCCCGCUACCCUCGGGGCCUGCCGCCCGUCGGGGCCCCGUGCGCCGCCCUCUCCGCCACCCCGGCCGCCGCCACCGGCAGCGGUGCCGCCGCCGGCAGCGGUGCCACCGCCGCCGCUGCCACCUCGGAAAGUGAGGACAGCCCGGACCGGGCGUUCGCCGGAGCCUCGGCUUCCAGGAGAGACGACGAGCCUGACGUGGAGGCGUACGACUCGGAUGACUCCACCACACUGGGAACGCUGCACUUCAGCUUGCUGUACGACCAGGAGAACAAUGCUCUGCACUGCACCAUUAACAAAGCCAAGCUUCCUGUUCCAAGGUACAAGAAGGGGCUCAAGCCAAUGGAUCACAACGGGCUUUCGGACCCCUACGUCAAACUUCACCUCCUACCCGGUGCCAGUAAAGCCAAUAAACUUCGAACCAAGACCCUGCACAACACGCUCAACCCCGUCUGGAGCGAGACGCUGACCUACUACGGCAUCACCGAUGAGGAUAUGGUCCGAAAAACACUCAGGAUUUCAGUGUGCGACGAGGAUAAGUUCCGCCACAACGAGUUCAUUGGUGAGACGCGAAUCCCCCUCAAGAAGCUGAAGCCCAACCAGACCAAGAACUUCAACAACUGCCUGGAGAAACAGCUACCUGUCAACAAGACGGAGGACAAGUCGCUGGAGGAGCGAGGGCGCAUCAUGAUCUCCCUCAAGUACAACACCCCGAAGUCGUGCCUGGUGGUGGGCAUCAUACGCUGCGCCCACCUCGCCGCCAUGGACGCCAACGGCUUCUCAGACCCCUACGUUAAAACGUACCUGAAGCCCGACGAGAACAAAAAGUCCAAGCACAAGACGGCCGUGAAGAAGAAGACGCUCAAUCCCGAGUUCAACGAGGAGUUCUGUUACGACAUCAAGUACGCAGACCUCACCAAGAAGACCCUGGAGGUGACCGUGUGGGACUACGACAUCGGCAAGUCCAACGAUUUCAUCGGCGGCGUCUCUCUGGGCAUCAACGCCAACGGGGAGCGGCUCAAGCACUGGUUCGACUGUCUCAAGAACAAGGACAAGAAAAUCGAACGCUGGCACACGCUGACCAACGAAUUACCCGGCUCGCUGAAUGACUGAACGUCGUCAUCUGGCCAUCAGACCCGUCGGACCAGAAGCCCCCCACCCAAAUCCCGCCAGACGCCUGCAUCCAUCCUUCCAUCCUCCCUGCUCACCCUUCGACGCAUCAAGUACCGGGUACCUUUCCUCUCAACGGGGCUCAACUGAAAGCACCCUGAACGGGAAAGUUCUGUCUGCACGUACAGAAGUGACUCAACGGGUAUGGUAACGCUACGGUAACAAGAGCCCGUUUUCGCACCGCCCGUCAAAAGUCGAAACGCCACCGACACGGAAAGUCAGCGGUAGUAUAAGAACGGUAAAAGAGCUGUUUAUACUCAACAACGGCAUUGGAAUGGUGGGGAAAAGUCGACCCUGCAGCCUUUUAAAUUGGCUGUAAAAGCCGACAUUUUUGUUGCGUAAAAAGCACCAACGCGGAACGCGUCGAGGGUGAAGUCGACCCAACAAUCUUCCAGCUUCAGAGGUAAUUUCAAAGCCGCAACACGGCCCGGCUUUAAAGAAAAUCUGCAAAUUACACUACAGGGUGUGAAGUUCAGCACCUGACACUCGCAACUUCCACUCUUUUGCGUUGAAAGUAAGUGUGCCACAACUACUUUAAUCCUCACACCUUUAAUUGUCCACCUUUUUUUUGCGUUUCGUUGUUCCGCAUGCAUGGAGGUUUUAACAUCUGAGGUGACCUUUUUCAUGUCGCUGUUCUGUAUAAAUGCCAAUGAUUGGGAAUGUGGGAGACGAAGUCAACCUGGCAAUUUCCCGGGCUUUGGUGGAGCUGUAACGGAGGGACGACGUCUGUGGUUUACAACACCUGACGUGGACCAGGUACUCGAAAUAGUACCUCAUAGUACCGGUUUACGCACGACUUUUCCAGCCGAGUGAAAAGAAAAAUGGCCGCCGCUUUGAAGUUUACGUGUUAUGUCUUACGAUGAUGCUAACAAAAAAGCAUGUGUUGUUUACAGCCUCUUCUUGCUGUCAUUUUAGCAGGAAAGUGGGCAAACGAAUCCUAAUUCCUAAUUCCCGUUAUGAAAGCUUUGUAUGCGUUUUGUUUCUAUUGUUGUUCUCCACCGCAAAGGAAGCAUCUCAAUUCAUUUGGCAUUUCUCCGCCUUUUGUCCGCGUCGCUGUUCUGUAUAAACGGUACUGACACGGAAGGGGCGGGGCCGUGAAGUCGACCCCGGCAAUUUGCCGCCUUCGGGGGUAGUAUCAGAGCCGUAACAGUCCCUUUUCAACUGCUUGUGAAAACCGCCAUUUGUCCUUUCCCCUGUUCUUGUUCCGUAUGAAUAAUACGGAGUGGGGGAUGACGACAAACUGGCAAUUUUCCGCCUUCGGAGGUAGUGUCGGAGCCCGUAACAUUCCGUUGUACAGUUUCUGCGUCACUGUUCGGUCUAAACAACACCGACGCAGAAAGCGGUGGAUGAAAUCGACCCGACAAUUUGGAUCUGAUCUGACACAUUUGACCGGAUCAACAGGAUCCAAGUUUCAUCGGAUUGUGCCGCGUGGUUUUCGUGCCGAAGUGUGAGCUUGGCGACUCUUCUGUCACGGCUCUGAUGCGUCAAUUUGCCGGGAUCUCCGUAGAAUGUAUAAGCCGCGCCAACCGGUCUGAGAAUGUGCACCUCAGUGCUCCUUUGCCUUGGUUUGUGUCGGGAUUUUAAGGCCCCUUACCCUCUUUUUUUCGAUUGGAUUGAAUUGUAUUUCAGACAGUAGACACGCAGUAAAGGUUCAGACCCCCGUGUGUGAUCCCGACGCCCAAUUUGAGGGCGAGUACAGGCCGGGAUGCACGUCGUGUUUUUUGGGGAGUGACUUACAAUAUUUAUAAGUCCCGAGUCUGCAGUGUGACCUUUUACUGCAGGCGCUUCCCUUAUAAAUGCGCACCAGGCGCUGACUGGGAGCGCAAAGAUUGUAAUUGUAUUUUAUUUUAUCUUGAAUUUUUUUUUAUUUUGUGUCAUGAUCUUUUAUUUGCUAUUUUAUUUCAAUUCUAAUUGUUUCAAUUUAAUUCAUUGGAUUUAAUUUUUUUGUAAUUCUUUAUUCAUUGUGUAAUGUAGUUUGUUGAAAUGUAUUUUUUUAUUUCAUUAUAUAUUUAGAUAUUUUUUGUUUGUUCAUGUUAUUUAAUUUCAUCAUAUUUUGUUUUUUAUUUUAUUAUCAAUUAUUUUAAUUUGUAGUUAUUACUGUAUCGUUUUUUUCGAUUUUAUUUUAAUUGUAUUUUCUUUCCUUUUUAAUACUUUAUUAUAAUUGCAUUGCUUUUCCCCAGUUAAAUUUUGAUCAACUAUUUUAUUUUAUUUUAUUGUAACAAUUUUAUUUGAAUUAAUCAUAUGUAUGAGGUUUGUAUUGAUUUGAUUUUAAGUAAUUGCAUUGUUUUAUUUUUCGUUAUUUUAUUUGAAUGGAUUUUAUUUGAAUGUUCUAUUUUAUACCAUUUUGUUUUAUGACAUUCAGCUCGACUUUCGUUUUAGGUUAUUACGUUCUUUGACGUUCACGAAGGCUCUUUAAUGUUGACAGUGUUUUUUAUUCUUAUUCUUAUUCUUAUUUGACCUCCCCUGCCGUUCUUUAAUGUACUAUGUAUUGAUCCCAGUAAUCACGAUAUCCUCUGGUGAGCCUGACCGCCAUUUACCGACACAAAGCGACGAUGUGAUUUUUGUAAGCCGUCUGCCUUCGUAUGCAAGCUCGAUAUUAUGAAAAAGAAAACCGCUACAAAAAAAUGCAUGCGUAUGGUCCUGGGUUUUGUCAUGAUAUGACCUAAUGUUUGAUACUGUUUUCUGUAUUUAAAAAAAAAAAAAAAAAAAGUUGAAACUGAAUGCACCAAUGAUGACAAUGCUUUCUUCUGGAAUCCAUUUUGUACCUGAUUGGCUGCUGUGUGUGACUUUUAAUGUGAAUUUUGUUGGUUUGUCGAAUGUUUGUAUGAGUUAUGAUGUCAAUGCAAUAUGUCAAAUUAUAUUUUGGUCAGACUCCGAAAAGAAAGAAAAAAGGAUUAAAAUGAAUCUGUUCUGUUUGCACCAAG